CACCGAUUCGACAGCGAUCCUUCUCGUCGCUGUGAUCCUUACUACCAUGCGACUAUUCGGGGCUCUAUUCCAUGGCAUACACAGGGAGCGACUCCGAGUCGGCGAGCUGCGUACCGAAGGCACCAGAUACCACAGUCUGGCCCCCGACCGGGAUUUGGCCCCCGACCGGGAUUUGGGAGACUCUGCGGGAGCACGUGAACUUGCAAGCACAGACGGACUGGACUUUCCGUUCACAAGUAGACCACGCUGCCUUCGACAAGGAACGUAGAUCCUCGCCACGUACAAUGUCGGCACCAAAAGAUGUAAUUAUUCCUCUCGUGCCCUUGAUAGACCGAACUGUCGGCAUUCACUUGUCCGAUGCAGCAAAUACCAACAACAUGGGGUUGGCAAACGGUGAUCGCUCAGAAUCUCCAUAGGAGUGUAUUGC